UUUAAAUUCACGUCAACAGUAUUGAAAGCGGCGAACGGCGAAGGCGAAGGCCGGCGUGGGGCCCGCAUUUCGCGCCUCACUCAGCUGGGAACCCUACUUCUAUCCAUCAUAAGGAUCCCAGGAAGCUGUGUACUCCAAAUUCAAAAUGGUGAGAAUCACGAGUCCAAGUGCCGUCAGAAUGAUGCCAAGGAUAAAGCUCAUUAUCAUCAUUGGUGUCAGCAUUUUGUCUUUUUUUCUUCUAUUUUUUGAUAUUAAGAAUUGUGAAAAAUUCGAUUUCAAAUCGAUUAAAAUAACAUUGAAAUCACACAAAAAUAGAAUUUGUUUUGAAAAGUUCAAAAACACGUACAACAUCGACAGGGUAAAAUUUUCCUGAAAUUUAAAUAUAUUUACAAUUAAUUUAUUACGUUUCUUAAUAGUGAAAAAAACAGCCUACGUACCUAUUUCAGGAAUGCCUCGCCUACGUGCCUAUUUCAGGAAUUCCUUGCCUACGUGGCUAUUUCAGGCUUGCCUCGCCUACGUGCCUAUUUCAGGCAUGCCUCGCCUACGUGCUUAUUUCAGGCAUGCCUCGCCUACGUGCUUAUUUCAGGCAUGCCUCGCCUACGUGCAUUCCUCAGUUAGAUUGCAAUAAGUUUUUUUAUGAAAAAAAAUUACGUAAGUUACGAAUAAACUUUUAAAAAAUAAAUAUUAAAUUCAUAAUCCACGCUGCCACUUCCAACUCGAAAAAAAUUAUUUUUCAAUUUUCCAAUUAUUUUUUGUUGUUAACAUCGAUUUUAAAAAAGUGCUAAAAUGUCUCAGCCUAGUGUAAUAAUUCCUCAGCAAAAUGCGAUCAUUCCUCAAGGAAGUCCAGAAGCGUCUCAGCAAAGGGAACCAACCCCUCCGAAACCUGAAGAGCCGCCGAACGAGCCGACAUGGUUAGACAAGACAAUAUAUCAUCCAUGGACGCCAUACAUCACAAUAAUUGUGACCCUUGCGCUUCCCAUAAUCUUUGUUUUGGGCUCCUCGUUGUACUUGAGAAGCGAAGAAACAGAAAUCAAAGUUCCAAGUAACUUGUCUGUGAAUCCGAUAUUUUCAACAAAUGCGACAACGUCAUCACAAACUACGAAGCCAAAAUUGAUUUAUAACGAGAUGAAGAAGCCCCGGACAACUUUGAAACCAUCAACUGCUCCGCCAGAAUCCUCAAAGGCCCCAGCAUCUACUGGAACCACUUUGGCGACGAAUCCUACGAUUACUGGUCCACCUGGAACUGGAAAACGAAAUAAUUCUCGAUUUUUCUAAUAACUUGUGUUCAAUAAAUGCUUCUAAAAAUUAC